AUGAGAUUUCUUCCAUUGCUUCCCCUUCUGGGGCUGACAACCGCCACAGCAAUCACUGCGCCCCGUGCUACCACCGGCACAGAAACCUCCCUCGAGCCCUAUCAGUUCCGCGCCCUCAAGCCCCGCGGCACGGUCCGUCUUUCUGACCUCCUCAACCCCCUCAUCGGUUUCUUGGAGUGUUCACAAGGCGAUGCCACUGUUCAGCUACUCUGCCGCGUCGUCGCCGCCAAGGUGAACGAUGCGCUCGCUGCAAACAACAUCAAGAUUGACCGAAGCGGUCUUCUCUUCCAAUACAACGACCCCACCAACGUCAAAAUUGACACUGGCCAUUCCUGCACGGUCACGGCCGAGAUCACUGGCACCCAAGCCAAUGCCAAGCUCCUCGCCGAGGCCGGCAUCAAGUUCUCGGGCAACCCCAUCUCCCUAUCCAACCCCGGCAUCUUCGUCGCCGACCUCCCCAUCGAGCUUUGGGCGCGCGCCGAUAUCAAGCAAAAGUUCGGGACUCGGGUCCUGGGUAAGUGCAUCGGCGCUGGUUCCGACUCGUUCAACGCAGCUGGCUCUCUGGCCACCCGUGCUCAACUUGCCAUCCUCUUCACCUUCGCACCUGCCCCCCUCAAACGCGAUGCGGCAGGGAACUACAUCCUCACCAUCCGUCCCAUCACCAAGGUUGCUGCCCAACUCAGCGAUACGAACAUCAAGUUCAACAUCAGCGGGGUGUCCUUCCUUAACGGUCUUGUCACGGCCAUCCUGGGUAGCACAUCCAGUAUCCUCAAGGCAGUAACCCACCUCUUCAAGGGUGACUCCCUCAAGGCAGUUUGGAAUGACAUCCUCCGGUCGGUUAUCGAUAUUACUGCCGGCACGCUGCUCGCCACUCCGUUUGAUCUUCUAGAUAACCUUGUCGAGAUGCUCGCCAAAAGUGUGAUCGAGGAAAAGACCCAAGCACUUAACACCGCCUACAGCGGUGAGCUUGAGAAGGCUCUCAGGGCCAAGGUCUCGCAGGCACUCGGACUGAACGCCAAUGGGGAGAGGUCAUUCACCUUGAAGAAGGAUAUUGUUGAGUUGGUUGCCAUCUUGGGCGAGAGGAGUCCCGAUCUCUGGCUUCCCGACAAGCCUGCCAAUUUCUGUUCGUCCGACGCCCAGUGUGACGAUGGCAGAUACUGCAACGGCGUCGAGAAGUGUGUGAACGAGGUUUGUAUCGGCGGGUUCGAGCCGUGCACGAGACUUGAUGCCAUCUGCGUCGAGUCGACCAAGACUUGCCGAAUCCAGCCGCCGCGGUGCGGAACUGGGAGGUGCCAGAUCCCCCGAGAUGCGGGUGAGUUGGCUGAGAUUGAGGCAUACUAG